AUGGAUAUGUACUACCUGAACAAAGUCAUGUGCCAUCUUUUCUGGAGCCCAGUUCCUCUGAGGACGACAGGAGCAGUUUCAGGAGUAUCAGGAGCAGAUCUGAUUUCUGGAGGAUGGAGAUACACCUCAGCCUCGUUGUUAUCCCCAUGGUACUGGGGGUCUAUGGGCUUCUGCAGCAGUGGAGGAUAUACGUUCACCUUGCCUAACUCAAAGCAGGAGAGCAUGGAGAAGUUGGUGUUUCUCAGACAUAACAACUGGCUCACCAGAGGAACCAGAAUUGUAUUUAUUGACUUCUCAACAUAUAAUGCUAACAUAAACCUCUUCUGUAUAGUCAGAUUGGUCAUAGAGUUCCCUGCCACUGGGAGUGCUCUCACUUCCUCACAUAUCUACUCUGUGAAACUACUCAGAUAUGUCACGUAUUACGAUUACUUCCUGGCUGCUUGCGAAGUUGCCUUUUUCCUCUUUAUCAUUACAUUCAUAAUCCAGGAAGCUAUAAAAAUAGUAAAGCUGAAAAAUGAGUAUUUCAGAAGUGCCUGGAACUGGCUGGAUUUGCUGCUGCUGGUGGUGUCCAUCUUUGCCAUUGUCUUCAAUAUCUACGGCACCGUAAAAGUGUCGCUGCUAAUGCAAGAGUUGCUGUCUGAUGCCCAUGUAUAUCCAGACUUCUAUUUCCUUGCAUUCUGGCAAGUCCUUUACAACAAUAUGAUUGCUGUCAAUGUCUUCUUUGCUUGACUAAAGUUAUUUAAAUAUGUAAGCUUUAACAAAACCAUGACACAGCUGUCCUCCACUUUAUCUCACUGUGCCAAAGAUAUCAUUGGAUUUACCAUCAUAUUCUUCAUUGUUUUCUUCACCUGUGCCCAGUUAGGCUAUCUGUUGAUAGAGUUUUCUACUUUCCAAAACUGCAUCUUUACACAGUUCCGUAUUGUGCUGGGAGAUUUUAAUUUUGAAACCAUAGAAGCAGCAAACAGAAUCCUCGGACUGAUUUACUUCAUCGCAUUUUUCUUUGUGUCUUUUGUAUUACUGAACAUGUUUUUGGCCAUUAUAAAUUACACUUAUUCGGAAGUCAAAGCAGACUUUGAAGUGAUACCCAGUCAAGAGCUUCAGAUCAGAGACCUCUUUAGAAAGGCCCUUAUCAAGCUCAAAUUGAAGAAACCAGGCAUGGAUACAAAUCAGGCAGAUGAGAGCUCAGAAAGCAAGGAAUUUUCAGCCUCUAAAGUGGAUAUUUCUAAGCUUUCCAAUGGAAACAAUGCUAAUAAAAAGAACCAUCUGAAGUUACCAAAGCUACAGGAAGGGGAAGAAAAUCUUCGUCAGAAGUAUCCAUCUACUGAGGACAAGGGCUCAGUCACUGCUCAGAGCUACGUCUCCACUGCAGAAUUUCAACA